AAAACUUCUGCAUACACGCUGACGCUGUCAGUGUGUGAAUCAGUUGCCGAUCAUAGUUGUUAUUGAAGAAGGAAAGUCUGUCUCAUGUCCAAGGACAAAUAUGAAGACUGCUGAUGAGGAGCAAAAGAGCAUUGCUAAUAAAACAGACAAUGCCGCUCGAGAGUUAGUUCCCACUAUUCAGGCUGCGGUUCAUCAUUUCCAACCCAGCUACAGCGCUCAGAGCGGAGGCAAUGUGGUCGCUCCCUCCAUCAUUGGUUCUAGCAUCGGCAACAUAAGCAUCAGUAUCAUCUCAACAGGCCAAGGGUCUGUUGUCUCCUCAGAAGAAACCUUGAAGUCUGCAGACAGCUGUGGUGCUCUACAGCCCCAAAACAAUAAGAUCACAGAAUGUCAAGAGAAAAUGAAAGCUACUCUGAAGAGGAACUUCAGCCAUUUGCUCGAGGGGAUGACGAUGGACUCAAACAAGAUACCUCUCAAUAAGAUCUACACAGAGCUCUACAUCACUGAGGGAGGAAGCGGGGAAGUCAAUAAGGAGCAUGAGGUGAGACAGAUUGAGACGGCAUCCAGGAUACAUGAGUUCCAAGAGAAAUCAAUCCACUGCAAUCAACUCUUUGCUCCUCGACUGGGGCGAGACUGCCGCGUAAGAACUGUGAUCACGCGGGGAGUCGCUGGCAUCGGAAAAACUGUAUCAGCCAAUAAAUUUGCGUUAGACUGGGCUGAGGAAAGAGCCAACACAAACCUGGCAUUUGUAUUCCCGCUCUCAUUUCGAGAGUUGAAUCUGAUGAGAAAGGCAAUUAUAAGUCUGGUGGAUCUUCUCAGCGUUUUUUUCCCGGAAACAAAAGACACGGGAAUCUUCACUACUGGUAAAAACAAAAUGCUCUUCAUCCUGGAUGGUCUGGACGAGAGCCGCUUGUCUCUGGACUUCCACAAAAGCGAAAUACUGUCCGAUGUGACGCAGCCAACCACGAUUGCAGUGAUACUGACCAACCUCAUCAGGGGUAGACUGCUUCCUUUGGCUCUUGUUUGGAUAACAUCUCGCCCUGUGGCUUCCAGUCAGAUCCCGCUGGAGUACAUUGAUCUAGUGACCGAGGUGCGAGGGUUUAACAACCCUCAGAAAGACGAGUACUUCAGGAGAAAAAUCAGUGAUGUGAGCUUAGCAAAUAAGUUGAUCGCACAUGUGAAAUCCUACAGGAGUCUUUACAUCAUGUGCCACAUACCUGUGUUCUGCUGCAUGGCGGCAAGUGUCUUUGAGAAGAAGUUGCAGACGACAGACAGUAAAGACACACCAAAGUCCCUCACGCAGAUGUACAUACACUUUGUGUCCUUGUAUGUGGAGAAUAUGAAGAAGAGGCUGCCCGGGAGAAGAGAGUCAAACGCCGAAUGCAUAAGAGCUAACCUCCUCUCGUUGGGUCAGCUGGCCUUCAAAGAGCUCGAGAAGGGCCACUUGAUCUUCUAUGAGAGCGACCUCAUCCUCAAUGGUAUAAAAGUCACUCAGGCGUCCAUGUUCUCAGGAAUCUACACACAGAUCUUCCACGAGGAGCUGACACUGUGCAAGGAGAAGAUGUUCUCCUUUGUGCAUCUGAGCGUCCAGGAAUUCUUCGCUGCGCUGUACGUCUACCUAAAGUUCAACAACGACAACCUCAACGUCCUGGUCAAGAAGUCGUCUGCUUCAAGACGUUUCCUUUCCAGGGAUUCAUCAGAGCUCAUCCUCUACAAGGAAGCGGUACAAAAGACUUUGCAGUCCGACAAUGGACAUUUUGACAUCUUUCUGCGCUUCCUUUUGGGUCUGUCUCUGGAAUCCAAUCAGACUCUGAUGAAACAUCUAAUGACCAGCAACAGAACAAACCCAAAAACAAGAACAGAGAUCAUUAAACACCUAAAAGAGAAGAUCAAGGAAAAUUUGUCCCCAGACAGAUGCGUAAAUCUCUUUCACUGUCUGAAUGAGCUGAACGACCACUCUCUCGUGGAGGAGAUUCAGAGCUUCCUCAAAUCGGGCAGUCUUAACAAGACCAAACUUUCUUCUGCGCAGUGGGCCUCUCUGGUCUUUGUUUUACUGACAUCAGAAGAAGAGCUGAGUGUGUUUGAUCUGAGCAACUACAGCAGGUCAGAAGAAGGUCUUAGGAGGAUGCUGCCCGUGGUGAAAACAGCCCAAGUGGUAAAGUAAUGUAAAUGCAUUGGUAUUCUCACCGUGGCCUGCUGUAAAAUCUUGGCGACUGGCAUCAGCUCAUCCCAGAUUAGAGAGCUGGACCUGGGCAACAACAACCUGACAGAUGCAGGAAUAACGCUGCUCUCUGGAGGACUGAAGAACAGCAAACUGGUGACACUCAGACUGAAAAGCUGCAACCUGACAGAGCACAGCGCCGAUGCCCUGGCCUCAGUCAUCAGCUCAGCCUCCUGUCAGCUCACAGUCUUGGACCUGUCUGACAAUGACUUUCAGGACGUAGGAGUCAAAAAGCUCUCUGGUGGACUGGGGAGUCCUGAUUGUAAACUGGAAAAACUCACUUUGUCCCUGUGCAGAGUGAUGGAGGAAGGCUGCAUUUUCUUGGCAUCUGCUUUGAACUCAUCUCGUCUCAAAGAGCUCGACCUGAGCUACAACCACCCAGGAGCCUCCGGCCUGCAGCUGCUGUCCGCUCUGCAGAACGACCCACGAUGCAGCCUGCAGACACUCAGGGUGGAACAGUGCGGUGAAUCCAGGAUUCAGCCCGGUCCGAAGAAAUACGCAAAAAAACUCUCUCUGGACCCAAACACGGCACACAGAGACCUCUCUCUGUCAGACGGAAACAGGAAAGCAACGCGCUGGACCGAGCAGCCACAUCCAGAUCACCCGGAAAGGUUUGAUUACUGGAGGCAGGUGUUGUGCACGGACGGUCUGACCGAACGCUGCUACUGGGAGACCGAAUGGGACGGCAGAGUUUUCAUAGGAGUCGCCUACAGACGGAUGUGCAGGAAAGGAGAGGGUCACGACAGCUGGUUAGGUCAAAAUGACUCUUCUUGGGGGCUAAACUGCAACAAAGACGGCUACAGCAGCUGGCACAAAGGCAUGAACGCUGCCGUGACCAUCCCACCAAACUCCAGCCGAGUCGGAGUCUACCUGGACUGGUCUGCGGGGAGACUGUCCUUCUUCAGGGUCUCCUGUGGUGCAGCGACCCUCCUUCACACCUUCCACACCUCCUUCACUGAGCCCGUCUAUCCCGCCUUUCGGCUCGGCUGGGUGGACUCCAAAGUGUACUUGUGCUGAAUGUUACCUGGACAUAUGGACACUGAGGACAUGUGACAUAAUGCUGGAUUUCACUUUGCUCUGAAAUGUUUUGUUCACAGAAAUGACAAAACAUUAAGUUUUUACCUCUAUUGAUAUUUAGCCUUGCAGAUGGUUUUUGGGGUUUGGACCAAACAUUUUUACACAAAACUGUACAGCUUUUUUAUUCAGAAACAGCUACAUUGUACAUAUUUGUCAUUUUAUCGUUAUCUUUACCAUCAUUUUUGAAAUUAUAUAUAUUUAAGUUCUUGAGUGUUGCAGUAUGUGGUUUUAGGAGGCAUGCUUAAAAAAUUUUGUCUUUUUUUUCUUACAUUGUUUUUGUGAUAAAAAAAAGUAGAUUUUUUUCUUUA